AUGUCACGUCUUGAAGCUGAGCAGGCUCACAAGGUGGUUGCAAGUUACAAACCUUCGAAGUUUGACAAAAAAAUCCUCCUCUGGACUAGACGUUUCAAGACAGAAGAAGAGAUUCCUUCGAGGAUCCCGCCAGAAAUGCUGGACAGGGCAAGAAACAAGGCUCGUGUUAAAGCUUGUUACAUCAUGAUUGGACUCUCAAUUGUUGCAUGUUUUGCAGUGAUUGCCUCAGCUAAAAAGGCUGCUGCACGUCAUGAGUCCUUAACAAGCUGGAACUUGGCAAAGAAGGCCAAGUGGCGGAAGGAGGCUGCACUAGCAGCGGAGUCGAAGACAAAGUGACUUUUUUCAUUUUGUAGAAAAUGCCAAAUGUCCUCGUAGGAACAAAAUUAACUGUUGCUGAGAGCAAGUAGUUAGUUUCAUCAAUAAAUGCACAACUGCAGUAUUGCACACACUGGAGCCAACAAGGAUAGUUACAGUAUCACAAAAACAGAGGGUCUCUUAAUAGAUAUUCAGUGUACUUGUUGCCUAUACAGUUAGUUAGGAUGUCUUGCAUAAUAUUAAAAGCAGUAAUUAAUUUCAAAAGAAAGGAGGUAGUUUCCUAAGAAUGUCAGGUAUGUUUGGUUAGGUAUUUACAAAACCUAUUUAAAACCAAAAAGUUUUCUGUCUGCAGAAGUGCAUAGUUUUACAGUGCACAAAUCAGCCAUUUGAAUACAUUUUUGCCUCAAGGCUGUAUUCAAAAGGGCAUUUGUGUUUUCUAGUUUAAGAAGCCACACUUAUUGAACCACUAAAUAAAUACAAUAAACGUUUGUAAAAUAGGUUUUAUUGGUUUCUGUAUGGUAUUUGGAGAUUUAACAUUCCAUAAUAUUGCAUACUACUCAUGUGUUCUGUUACAGUAAUGGGCCUUUGGCCUAGAUUUAAAGAUGCACUAUUACUAUCUGAAGUUAGUAUAGGUAUUUGUUUCCACACAUUAUAUGCAGAUAUUGUGCCAUAAGUAACUGAAAUUUCUCAUUCCAGAUUUCAGUGAACUCUUUGAGGUCACAGUUAAACGCCACAUACCAACUGGCAAACCUAUUAUAAAAAUCCUCAGUUGCACAAUUUAAUAAAUUUAAAUCAACUGAAAACUGUGGAGGAAAGACAAUAGUGCAUCUUUUAGCUUUUUUAUUUUUUUAAGACAGACCCGACAAUAAAUAUUUUCCAGUUGCAAACUUAUAGAGCUAACUUAUUUCUGUGCCAACAUUAUUACUAUAUUCUGAUUGCUACUAGCAACAGUGUUUAAAGCAAAUACUAGAAAAUUAAAAAGCUGUAUGAACCAGUCCUCAGACAAAAGUGCAACAAUGAAAAAAUUAGAUAUGAUUCAGUGUAUCAAGAGAACUAAAAAAAAUAAUUUAUGCUUUGCAUAGUUGCAUAGAUUAACUAGUUAGUAUUCACAUUUAAGCAGAACAAAUGGUACCCUUUUAAUUAAAA